ACAGACAGCGGGAGGCGUUUAAAAAGGCAAUUAAAGCGGUAGGCCAUGUUUGAUUGUAGAGAAUUUAAAAUACCCGAAAAUGGAAGAAAAACUGAUCGUAGCUGUCUGCAGUCACCCUGUUCUAUAUGAUCAGACGUUAUUCAUCUACAGAGACCUCAACAUGCAAGCCCAAGCAUGGAGAGAGGUGGCCGAGGCUGUGGGCGUGGAUGAGGAAACAUGCAAGUGCCGGUGGCGCACCCUCAGGGACCGCUUCAAACGGAAGCGGAACAAAGAGAAAGAGCACAGGAGAAGUGGGGCACGGUCUGUGAUGGUCAAGCCCUGGAAAUAUACGUCCAUCAUGGGGUUCUUAACCACAUUUGUUGCUGACCGGGAAACCUCCAGCAACAUCCCCCGCAGACAUCAGCCAUCAGAGGGGUGCUCUUCCUCCACUGCCCCCCUACAUUCCCAGCAACAACAGACACCCACCAGCAUCAGCCAGGAGCCAACUCGGCCCCAGCCAACACAAGGUUGCCACAGGGCGUCGGGUCAUUCCCCAUCCUUCAUUGGCCAAGAACAACAACAUGGGGUAGCAGAGGGAGAGGACAUGAGACAAGGCCGAAAGCGCCGGGGGAAGGAGAUGACCGCAUUUGAGAGGGGGCUACUGGCUGCCAUCUCCCCCAUGUCAGCCUGUGUGGCCUCCCCACCUCAACCAUCUCCAUCUCCUUCUCCACCUCCUCCUCCACCACCUCCUCCGCCCCACCAGGAGGAUGAAGAUGAGGCUUUCUUCAGAAGCCUCCUUCCCUCCAUGCGGAGAAUGUCAAUCGCCUGAAGGGGCGAGAGUGCGUUUCCAGAUGCACCAGCUGGUCUAUGCAGCUGAUCUGGAGGAGGAAGGCCUGUAAUGUCCUGUUUUCCCAUCCUCCAUUUGUGUUUGUUUAGCAUGUGCACAAUAGUUGUCACAAACACUUCACACUUCUCACAAAGUCACUAUACCACAACAUGUAUACAAUAGUUGUCACAUAGUCACUAUACCACAACAUGUAUACAAUAGUUGUCACAUAGUCACUAUACCACAACAUGUACAUAAUAGUUGUCACAAACACUUUACACUUCUCACAAACAGUCACUAAACCACAACAUGUGUACAAUAAAGGGAUUCAGGUGACCUUAUGUCUGUUCAGCGUUUUCAAUUAGACAGUAGCACCACUCAGAAGUUUGAACACACCAUGUCAUUCAACUCUUGGCCCCGUAUUUCUACAGAAUUUCAGUAUUUGUACAGACUCCAACAAUG